AAAAAUCCGUCGCGAAAACAAAGCACUUAAACGCAACGUAGACCAUGUGACCAAAAGCAGGAAGUGAGUUGACAGUCAACAAUAAAAGUCGGGAUGACCUCCUCAGACUGGCACCUUUCUCUGAAGCUGGUGGAUCAGCCCAAGUCCACCUUCCACUUCCCAGAGAUGAUGCCAGGAGAUGUCCCCCCUGGAGGAUACAGAGUGGCCACACUGAAGCAGCUUGUAGCAGCUCAGCUCCCAGAUUCUGUCCCAGAUCCUGAACUAAUAGAGUUGGUUCACUGUGGUCGGAAACUAAAGGAUGAUUUGACGYUGGACGCCUGCGGGGUUCAGCCAGGAUCCACUUUACAUAUUCUUAAAAAGACAUGGCCAGAGCCAGAGAACAGUCCAGAGCCUGUAAACAGAGCAACUGCAGCGAGGGAGUUCAGGGUUUUUCAUGCUGCUCUUCAUUCUCUCAACUCUGCCUACAGAGACUCGGUUUAUAAAAUGCUGACGAACAAAGAGUCCCUGGAUCAGAUCAUAGUAGCUACACCUGGGCUCAGGUCAGACCCAAUAGCUUUAGGAGUGCUUCAAGAUAAAGACCUGUUUGUGCAGUUCACAGACCCCAACAUGCUCGACGUAUUAAUCGGUUCCCACCCGGCUCUGGUCAAUGCCAUCAUCUUGGUGCUGCACUCGGUGGCAGGCAGCAUGCCCGCUCAGUCCAGUGCCAGCUCUUCUCGCAACGUGUCUGCCAGCUCCUACAGCGACAUGCCAGGAGGCUUCAUGUUUGAAGGCCUGUCAGACGACGAAGAAGAGUUUCAGUCUGGCAGCCCGGCGGGUCCUUCUAACCGAGGCGGGCUCUCGGCAGGAGUCCGGCCCGUGUCUCUGGGCCACAGCGGCGCAACAGGCCCUCGACCUAUAACGCAAAGCGAGCUAGCAACGGCGCUGGCCCUCGCUAGCACACCCGACAGCAGUGCCGUUACUCCGACAACGUCGAGUCAGGUGGACCCCUCCAGUGGCACAGCCCCCAUGCCAGCUGGAACACCGGUCAGUAAUGAUCUCUUCAGCCAGGCUCUACAGCAAGCCCUGCAGGCCACCAACAUGUCCGCUCUCCAGGGCCGUUGGCAGUCUCAGCUGCAGCAGCUCAGAGACAUGGGGAUCCAGGAUGAAGAGCUGAUGCUGAGGGCGCUGCAGGCCACAGAUGGUGACAUCCAGGCUGCCCUCGAGCUCAUAUUUGCUGGAGGCCCAGGUCUGUAGGACCAAAGCCCACCAUGAAGGAGGGAGACGGAGAAACAAAAAUAAAUAAAUAAAUAAAACAGUGUGUCCAA